UUCCCCUGUUGCUCGAUGAAAGCAUAGGGCUCUGUCCAGUCUCAGGAGAGUAUAUUUUUACGAAUUGAUAUUUUUUUUCUGCAUCUGUAUUGGAGGAGGAGGUGGAAAAGGACUUGAAUACUCUCAAAGACCUCAGGUGUAAAGGUUUACCGUCCAUCCUGGGGAGCAGUGGUCGGGGGACAGGUGGCCGGGGGCCCAGGGAUCAUGAGGCAGGCAGUGGAAGCUCAGGUCAUAAACCCACCCUUUGAGCUUGGAGAGCAAGGCCUGCGUCAGAUCCUGUCAGAUGUGAUUGAGGAGGUGAGAUGUUCUAUUAGUCGGGAAAUUGACGGAGCAGACAUCCUACACAGUCUGCUGACUGCGCCCUGGCUCCAGUCGCUGCUUAAGGUGUACGAAUGUCUUCAAAGGUAUCUGACAGAAUCCCCGGCUCCAACUCUGGAUUAUGCUUCAGGACUCUCAUUUCAGUUGCUGAUAGACAUCAGAUCACUGCAAUGCUGCUCUGAAGAGGCCAAGGAGCUGUACCGUCUCCUCCAGCAGCCGCACAUGCAGGCUCUACUUUCGGCACACGACACAGUGGCCCAGAAGGACUAUGAGCCUGUACUGCCGCCGAUGCCGGACGAGCUGCCGGACGAAGAGGAGGCCACUCGGAUCGUCUGCCUCGUCAAGAACAAACAGCCUCUGGGAGCUACCAUAAAGAGAAAUGAGAUCACAGGAGAGAUUUUCGUGGCUCGUGUUAUUCAUGGAGGGCUGGCCGAUCGAAGUGGUCUGCUUCAUGCAGGGGACCGGAUCAUAGAAGUGAAUGGGUUUCCUGUGGAUGGAAUGGAGCCUGAGCAAGUCAUCCAAGUUGUGCAAGCUCGGUCACACGGCACCAUUAUGUUUAAGGUCAUUCCCAUCACAGAGAGGCCGGUCCACAACCAUACCAUGCUCUAUGUCCGGGCUAUGACUGACUACAGCCCUCAGCAGGACCCAACCAUCCCCUGCGCCGAUGCAGGGAUGAUCUUCAAGAAAGGUGACAUCUUGGAGAUCGUGGACCAGACUGACACCCUCUGGUGGCAAGCCAAGAAGCUGCCCAGCAGCUCGGCCUGUGCCGGACUCAUCCCGUCCACUAGUUUGCUCAAACGGAAGCAGAGGGAGUUCUGGUGGUCCCAGCCUUACCAUCCACAUGUCUGCAUGCAAACUUUGAGCACUGUAGAUGAAGAGGAGGAUAUGAUGGCCAUUGAUGAGAAAUGUGUUGAAGCAGCAGAUGAGGAGGCGUUUGAAUCUGAGGAGCUCAGAGAAGAGGAGGAUGACUUCAGCAGCAACAUUGAAGGAGUAUACUUGGCGGGCUUUAGGCGCAGCAUCCGUCUGUGUCGGCGGCGUUUUCACAGCACCACUCAGCCCUCCUGCCACAUCCGCUGCCCCAGCAGCUGCAACAACGCCCUAAACAACCCUUAUGAGGAGGUGGUCCGCUACCAGCGCCACCCAGAAGACACACAUCGCCUCAUCACGCUCCUAGGCCCGUCUGGUGUGGGUGUGAAUGAACUCCGGAGACGAUUGAUUGAGAUGAACCCAAACAUCUUCCAGGGAGCUAUACCUCACACCACAAGAAGUCCAAGAGGGUAUGAGGAAUCCGGGAGAGAAUACUACUUCACCAGUCGAGAGAUUUUUGAUAACAUGGUCUACAAUAAUCGGUUUUUUGAGUUUGGCGAGUACAAAGGUAGUCUUUAUGGAACUAGCAUUGAUGCUGUGAAAGAAGUUUUGAAGAGCGGAAAAAUCUGCAUCAUAGACAUAGAGCCAAACGCUAUUCAGGCAGUGAGGACCCACGAACUGAGGGCCUACAUCAUUUAUGUGAAGCCACCACCUCUGGAGCGCCUCAGCGAGACAAGAGAGGACUCGUAUAUCACCACCAACUACUAUGUCAACCGCCCCUUCAAAGAUGAAGACUUCCAGGAGAUGGAGGAAUCGGCCCGGAAGAUCGAGGCCCAGUACUGGCAGUUCUUUGAUCAGGUGAUCGUCAACGAUGAGCUUCAGGACUCCUGCGUCCAACUGCUGACAGCAGUCCGGAGGUCACAGGAUGAACCACAGUGGGUCCCUGCUUGCUGGAUCCGACCCACGGCCGGUUCGUGAGAGGGAGAGAUUGGAAUACUUUUCACUGGGAAGAUAGAAAUGUUGACAUGUAAAAUCCUUGCCUGGAUGUUUGAGGGGAGGCACGCUAGGAAAUAUGUAAAUCCUUUCAUCUGUAUGUGUUUGUGGAAAGCUUGCUCUGGUUUUUAAGUCUCUUUAAAUCCCAGAAGAUGACACAAAGCUGGACUGAAGCCCAUAAACUGUGUCGCAGCUUCCUUUUUUUAACUCUGCAAUUUAUCCGUUUAUUCAGAUGUGCUUUUUGUGCUAGAGGUUGUUUAAUUAUUAAAAUAACUGUUUUCUACUUUGUAUGAAGCUCCAUUUUGCGACAAACUGAUUAAGUUUCAGAUAUGAUUCGCCACCUACAAACUUGCAAUAACGCUUUUUUCUAAUUAAAGUGUGCAAAAUAAAGUAUUUUUUGUGUUUAAUCUCGUUUUGUUGAAUUUUGAUGACAAAAAAAUAAUAAAUCGACGCAAAAACAUGUUUUUCAAAAUAAAAUGUUAAAGAAGCAAA